AUGAUUCAAGCUAUGCUAAAAGCUUUCCAAAGAGCCGUCAGAUCGGGUAAUGGAAAUGGAAAGAUGGCUGUCAAAAAAAUCAUGUCUAUUGGGGUCGAAUUGUUCAAAGGGGUCGCUAGACCAACUCCCAAUAUAGCAGAGUACUGGAUGAAAAUGAUAAAGAGAAUUCUUGAGGACCGGGAAUGCACUCUUGGGCAGAAGCUAAAAGGAGUCGUGUCCUUGUUGGGAGACAAGGCAUAUAGAUGGUGGCAAGCCAUUGUUAGGGGAAUGCUUGCGGAACGAAUUACUUGGAAUUAUUUCCAAGAGCCUUUUCAGAAAAAUUAUAUGGGUCCAUGUUAUGUUGAAGCUCACAGACGUGAAUUCAUCGAGCUAAAGCAGGGAGAUAUGUCAGUUUUGAAGUUGACCGCCUCUAGAUGUACUAACAUCCAGAGUGUGAAUACUGCAACUAAAGACAUGGAAUUGAGGUGCCUGCAAGUAUACGGGUCAGAUUGUAUUAUAGUUUUACAACAAAGUAGGUAA